CAUGUUAGCGUACGUAACAUGAUGAACACAGUUGAUGAACAAGGAUCAACCGCGUUACAUUAUGCAGCCCAGGGAGGCUUCUUAAAGAAUGUGUCUCUACUACAACAGCGCUGGACUCGCGACCGUGGAUCUAACAAGUAUUCCAACAGAGUACGCAACCACAAUGGAGACCUGCCUCUGCACUUGGCUGCGAGGUAUGGAUGGAUUGACGUUGCUAAGAAACUGCUCCAGUCACGUGACUUCCGUCAAAUCGACAUCGCCAAUGACCAUGAGAAAACACCUUUGCAUUGCGCAGCUGAGGAAGGUCAUAGUAACAUGGUAGCUGUACUGCUGGACCACCAGGCCAGUGUAACUAAGUAA